UUGUUGAAGUUUGAAGGCAGUUCCAAAGGAAAGCAAUGAUUCUUAAUACGACUGGAAGUUGGAAGUAAUAUAAAAAGAUAAAUCAGUUUCAAGAUGACUUUACUAAGCAGGCAGCCCUUAACUUACAAAUUCUAGAUUCAUAUAUAUCUUAAACAUACAAAAUGAUAUAAGGGGAGGUAAGCUCAGGUCUGAGUUCCUGGCUGUUGGAACAACUGAUUUCUGUGUAGUGAUUCAGAAGAUGUGAGACAGCCUAAUUUACAAGUACAGAGGUGUCUUCUUUCCUGCAAACAGCAGUACAACAAUAGUUUCUCUUAAGCAACUGUGAAUGAACAGAAUUAUUACAAUUAACGAGAUCUCAUUUGAUGGACGCCUUAGAUAAUUAAGACCAUUCACACAUAAUAUACAACCUUGUUGUGAAGGCAGAUAUUUACAUUCUCAUUUUACUGAUGAGAGACUACCUGGAGAGGCUAUGUCACAUCUGAAGGAUUGGGUACUUUCUCUGUUGAGUCCAAUGUUCCUUCCGUUAUUCCAUGCUAGGCAGUAACAAGUUCUGUCUUGCCUGAGUAAUAAGCUCCAAACCUCGGAACCGCACCCAACUUGAGCAGGAGGAGGGCGCUGUUUUUUCUGAUAAGCGCAACUGGCAGACACUCUAUACGCUUAAUCACGGGCAAAUCGUAGCUAAGCUGUCUACCAAACUAGUCCCUCUUUUUUCCAUUGCCCACGUAGAUGGCUGUUGGUCUUUUCUGCAACAAAUCCAGGAGUUUCUCCUUUUUGUUUUUAUAGUUGCUCCAAUAGAAGCUUUCGGAUUUAACUCUCCGCUUUUUAAAGCAGAAUCGCCAUCCCAGGUGCGCAACCACGAAAAAGUUAGACAUCCAUGAGAGACAAUGCCCUCCAUGGCCCACUUUCCAGGCAGAGAGAAGCGGCUCUGGGCGGACCGCCAAGGCUCUGGCCCGAGGGGGUCUUUAGGUGGAGUAACCGGUCUUCAAGACCCGGCUCCCAAACCACUGACGCGCUGACGCUGCAGCCCUAGACCUUCUGGGGUCCUCCUCGUCCGACCUGCACUGCUGACGGCGGGACUGGCAACCGGACGGAGAUCGACCCCGGGCCCGCACAGCCCCUCCCGAGAUCCACCUCGCAGCUCCCUCACUUCCUGCCCUCCGGAGGCGGACCCGGCCAGUGCCGCGGAGGCCAGCGCGGCGAGCUCCUCCCCAGCAGCAGCGGGACGGCCACACCCUGCGCGUCGCGCGGGCUCGGGUGAGGUCUCCGCUCCUGCGCCCUGCGCGCCGCAGCCGCACACCAGACGGCGCCCCAAACGCUGUUGAGCCGCGCGUCCCGCCCAGCCUGGCCUCGCGCUGGUCCCAGUCGCGCCCUGCAGCCCUCGAUCUCCCGUGACUUCCUCGGCCAGGCCGCCCACCCCUCUGGGACCAUGUUACGCUGGCUGCGGGGCUUCGUGCUGCCCACCGCGGCCUGCCAGGAAGCGGAGCCACCGACGCGCUACGAGACUCUCUUCCAGGCGCUGGACCGCAAUGGGGACGGAGUGGUGGACAUCGGCGAGCUGCAGGAGGGUCUCAGGAACCUGGGCAUCCCCCUGGGCCAGGACGCCGAGGAGAAAAUUUUUACUACUGGAGAUGUCAACAAAGAUGGGAAGCUGGAUUUUGAAGAAUUUAUGAAGUACCUUAAAGAUCAUGAGAAGAAAAUGAAGUUGGCAUUUAAGAGUUUAGACAAAAAUAAUGAUGGAAAAAUUGAGGCUUCAGAAAUUGUCCAGUCUCUCCAGACCCUGGGUCUGACUAUUUCUGAACAACAAGCAGAGUUGAUUCUUCAAAGCAUUGAUGCUGAUGGGACAAUGACCGUGGACUGGAAUGAAUGGAGAGACUAUUUCUUAUUUAAUCCUGUUACAGACAUUGAGGAAAUUAUCCGUUUCUGGAAACAUUCUACAGGAAUUGACAUCGGGGAUAGCUUAACUAUUCCAGAUGAAUUCACGGAAGAUGAAAAAAAAUCCGGACAAUGGUGGAGGCAGCUUUUGGCAGGAGGCAUUGCUGGUGCUGUCUCUCGAACAAGCACUGCCCCUUUGGACCGUCUGAAAAUCAUGAUGCAGGUUCAUGGUUCAAAAUCAGACAAAAUGAACAUAUUUGGUGGCUUUCGACAGAUGGUAAAAGAGGGAGGGAUCCGCUCCCUUUGGAGGGGAAAUGGUACAAACGUCAUCAAAAUUGCUCCUGAGACAGCUGUUAAGUUCUGGGCAUAUGAACAGUACAAGAAGUUACUUACUGAAGAAGGACAAAAAAUCGGAACAUUUGAGAGAUUUAUUUCUGGUUCCAUGGCUGGAGCAACUGCACAGACUUUUAUAUAUCCAAUGGAGGUUAUGAAAACCAGGCUGGCUGUAGGCAAAACUGGGCAAUACUCUGGAAUAUAUGAUUGUGCCAAGAAGAUUUUGAAACAUGAAGGCUUGGGAGCUUUUUACAAAGGUUAUGUUCCCAAUUUAUUAGGUAUCAUACCUUAUGCAGGCAUAGAUCUUGCUGUGUAUGAGCUCUUGAAGUCCUAUUGGCUGGAUAAUUUUGCAAAAGACUCUGUGAACCCUGGAGUCAUGGUGUUGCUGGGAUGCGGUGCCUUAUCCAGCACCUGUGGUCAGCUGGCCAGCUACCCAUUGGCUUUGGUGAGAACUCGCAUGCAGGCUCAAGCCAUGUUAGAAGGCUCCCCACAGCUGAACAUGGUUGGCCUCUUUCGACGAAUCAUUUCCAAAGAAGGAAUACCAGGACUUUACAGAGGCAUCACCCCAAACUUCAUGAAGGUGCUCCCUGCUGUAGGCAUCAGUUAUGUGGUUUAUGAAAAUAUGAAGCAAACUUUAGGAGUAACCCAGAAAUAAUGUUGCAUUUUUUGCUUUAGCAUGAUAAUUGAAACUGUCAACAAUCCCUGGAGUGACUUUUUCUCCUUGAAUUGAAACAAGUCUAUGGCAAAAGAAGCUGCAUUUUUUUCACAAAAGGGAAGACAAUAACAAUGGUCACUUCAAACUUUUGGGCUCAAUUAUAUGUACACAGAAAUGUUAAAAAUCAUAGUUUUAAUGUGUUUUGAAAAGGCCACACAAUUUUACUUUGUCUUUUCUUAAUAAUCCUGCAAAUCUCUGCCCUGAAUCCGAAAUCUGAAAAUGUACUUGCUUGAACAAAAUUUGUUUUGUGUGGUAGAGUUAUAAAUCGUUAAUCUUUGUUUUGGGUGGUUCAUGUUUAUGCCAGUUCCUUUAUACUUAAAUGUCUUGUUUUAUAUAUUUUGAAUGUCUUUAUAGAUUUCUUUAAAUUUCCUUGUAGAAGAACCAUUAAUAGAAAAUCAUUACAUUAAAAAUAUACCUUACAGCAAAAGCAUCCAAAUAAGUGUAGGGUUUAUGUCCUUAUUUUUCUCUCAGCUGAAUAGGAGUGAACACAGUGGUAGAAUUUCUAAAGAGAAGUGAUGAAAUUAUAUUUAUUUCAGUGGGCACUUUUCCAUUUUACAUGUACCGUUAUUUGGUUCCUGGAGUUAUACACUAAUUUUCAGUGUAUUACUGUUAAAUUAUCAACACAAGACAACUUAUUUGAAAGAUUCUGUUUAUUCUGCCAUUGCUUUGAAAAGCAGCAAGAAUUGAAAUCCUUUGACUUAUAUCAGCUUCUGAAGAGCAUCUUUGUUUUCCUUUGUCCUUUGUUUCCUACAUUUUGAAUCAGAUUCCAUUUUAGUCAGGAAGACUUCUUGGGACCAAUCUUAGUAACCUGAAAUUUCUUUUUUAAUUGCAUGAAGUGGGUUGAUUGUGAGCAAAUGGUGUGCUUAUUUCUCCCUCAUUGUUGAAUAUCUUUGAACUUGCUGUUCUCAAUUUGGGCAGCAUAAAGGUGAGAGAUACAUAUUAAUAGUAGUAUGUAUUACUCUUAUACAUUAGAUACCUGUUUUUAAAUGAAAGGCCCAAUUUGUAAACGUAUGCGUUCAUAUUUUCUCUUGCCCCAAGUUUUAGGAACAUGUUAUGAUAUAGGAGACUUAAUUUAUAAUAAUGAGAGCAUUUUUUUUUUAUUUUACUAAAACCAUUUUUGUAGUCAACUAUCUUUUCUUAUUUGUGUGAUUGGAACAUAGAAAAAUAUUUACUAGUUGAAGUUAUUAUCAGUUUUUAAUUUAGUUCUUAAACUCAUUUGACUUCUAAUAAUUUCUGUUAUAAAUUGCCAGCAUUUUAAUGAAAAUCUAAUGAUGUAAUAGGCAUUUUCUUUAUUUGAACCUACCUCUUUUAUUUUCUGAACCAAAGAGAAAGAUGGACUGGUGUUUGUGAAACAUUUUUAAAAAUGUAAUUUCAUUUAUAUUAGUUAUGUUUGAUAAAUAUCUUAGUAUUUUUAUAAUAUGAUAAGCCUGGGAUUCUACUUUAAGGGUUAUUUGUACUUUUGAGUAAUAUAUAAAGUGACAAUAUUAAGGUACAUGAUCAGCUCUUUCUAAUUUUACUCAUAAAAAUUAUGGAAAUGAAUAAUUUUGCUAACUUUUGAAAUUUCAAACUUCUGGAAAAUAUGAAAAUAUUCAUUGUUCAUUAUGAAUUUAAAUUGUUCCCUAUUUAACAUUUGUAAGGUAUGAAUGUGAUUUGUCUGUACAUCUUGUAUCUUUUCCAAAAAAUAAUUCUGUAUCUUUUGGAAAAAAGCCGAGAGUUGAAGAUAGUAUAUUUCUGACAGUACUGAAUAUUUACUUACAGUUUCUAUCAAAAAUAUAUAUUUGUUUCUAAAAUUACUUGUUUUCCAGUUUUUAUUAUUUUAGAGAAAAUUCUUAAGUCUCAGUUUCCUAAUUAAAAAAAAAAAUUGUAAAUAAAGCAAAAAGUGUGUCCUA